UCUGAAGAUGGCGAUAGCCGACGACGACACCGAGGUACUUGAAAAUGCUCUUAGCGAGUAUCGUGCGUUUGGUGAUGAUGGCAAGAGCAGACAACCUCGUGACAACAGUGAAUGACUACUCCUACCUGCCUGCCAUAAACUGCAUGGGAUGCACCGCCAGGCCGUCGACUCUGCUUAUCGUCAAAAUGACCUCAAGACACUGGAGGAGGCGCUGUCGUCAGCGGAGAGGUCUCAGCUCGCCUACUUCUUCAAGCGCACCACGUGGUACAAGCAAGCGGAAGAACGUCACAAGAAGCUUCGUCGCUUGUCUCUGAUCACAAAGAACUUCACGAACCUUCGCCCCACUCAUGUGAGGGAGAUCAAGAGCUACAGUCGCCCACAUGUUACAGUGCAGGAAACACUUGUAGCCACUUACAUACUGCUUGGCGAAGAUCCGGACAUGCUCGAGAAGUGGAGAAACGUGCAAGCUCUGCUGCGCAUGCGUGGUUCCAAAGCCAUCUUGGAGCGCAUCAAGAACUGGAACUUUGAGGACCUCAACGAGGAGCGCGUUGAGAAGGCCGCCGCACUCCUCCGUACGUUCCAGUGGGAAGAGGUGCGGGCGGUCAGCAUCGCGGCCGGUGCCUUCUAUCAGUGGAGCGAUGCUGUCGUGAGACAAUUUCAAGAUUCAAGAGAAACAUCCACGACGUCGGCUUCAGAAGAACCAGAAGUAAAAGAAACGUCUUCAGCAGUCUAAUAUUGGCGCCCAGUGCUAUCAAUUCGUGUACCUCCAAAGUACUUAGCAAGCUUGUGUUGUCUUCUUUCUUUUGUAUUGGUUUGGUUUGAUUUUUGUUUGUACCUCAUAAUCCUUGAAUAUUUAAGAGCUCGGAUAUUUGUAUUACGAUGAAUGUACGAUUUUAAAGUCAGUUGUUUGCCAGAACCUCAUAAACUGUCAAUUAAAGAUAAGUUUACAAUGCGUUUUUCCCUCUGCACUCCGUUUUGGUAAUCUUCCAAAGCUUUUUCCAAUGGCUAACAUUUCA